GGCAGUGGCAGCUCGCCGUAUUAUCUUCUCCAAAUUCCAAACGUUCGUCCUCCACCAAUGUCGGCCACCGCGCCGACCCCGAUCCCCAUCACCACCAUCUCCGAGCUCAGGCAGCACCACUCGCAGCUCGUCCGCCUCGGCCUCGCCUCCCACCCCGCCCACGCGCGCCGCCUCCUCGCCUUCCUCGCCCGCGACCCGGCCCACCUCCCCUAUGCCGCGCGCCUCCUCGCACACCACCCGGACCCGCGCCCGGCGCUCCUCAACCCGCUCUUCGCCUCCCUCCCGCCGCGCGCCGCCGCGGCGCUCCUCGCCCUCAUGCUCUCCCUGCCCCUGGCCCCCGACCACUUCACCUUCCCGCGCCUCCUCCCCGCGGCGCCGCUCCCGCUCGCCGCCCAGCUCCACGCGCUCCUCCUCAAGCUCAACUUCCACUCCCACACCCAGUCGCUCAACGCACUCCUCGCCGCCUACCUCGCCGGCGCCCGCCCCGACCUCGCCUCCCUCCUAUUCCGUACCAGCCCGUAUGCUACGCUCGACGUCACGUCCUGGACGACGAUGGUGAACGGGCUGUGUAGGCUCGGGCUCGUGGAGGAGGCGCGUGAGGUGUUCGACGGGAUGCCCGAGAGGAACCUGGUCUCCUGGAACUCCAUGAUCUCGGGGUACGUCAAGGCCGAGCGGUUCUUGGACGCGCUUGAGGUGUUCGACGAAAUGCGGGCGCUGGGAGUGGAGGGGAACGGGUUCGUCGCGACGACCGCGCUAGUGGCGUGCACGGGGGCGGGGGCUCUGGCCCGCGGGAGGGAGGUGCACCGGUGGGUGCAGCAAAGCGGGAUCGAGAUGGACGCCAAGCUGGCGACGGCGGUGGUCGACAUGUACUGCAAGUGCGGGUGCGUCGACGAGGCGUGGCGCGUGUUCGACUCUCUGCCGGCGAGGGGGCUCACGACGUGGAACUGCAUGAUCGGCGGGUUCGCCGUGCACGGGAGGUGCGACGACGCACUCGAGCUGUUCCGACGGAUGGAGGCGGCGGGCGUGGCGCCUGACGACGUCACGCUGCUGAACAUUCUCACGGCGUGCGCACACGCCGGCGAGGUCAGCGAAGGCCGCCGCUACUUCAACCACAUCGUGGAGCGCCACGGCAUCGAGCCCAAGAUGGAGCACUACGGCUGCAUGGUCGACCUGUUCGGGCGAGCAGGGCAGCUAGACGAAGCCAAGAAGGUGAUCGACGGAAUGCCAAUGGAGCCGGACCUCGCCGUCCUCGGCGCCCUCCUCGGGGCAUGCAAGAUCCACGGCGACGUCGACCUCGGCGAGGCGAUCGGCUGGCGCGUCAUAGAUCUCGACCCCCACAACAGCGGCCGCUACAUUCUCCUCGCCAACCUCCUCGCCGGCGCCGGCCGGUGGGAAGACGUGGCCAAGGUCCGUCGUCUGAUGGACGAACGGAACGUGAGCAAGGAGGCCGGGCGGUCGGUGAUCGAGAUCGACGGCGAGGCCCGCGAGUUCCGGUGCGGGAACCUGUGCCACCCUCAGGGGGAGGAGAUCUACGCCAUGGCCGUGGACAUGGUGAGGAGGAUCAGGGCCGAGGGGUACGUGCCGGACACGACGGAGGCGCUGCACGACGUCGCCGAGGAAGACAAGGAGGCGGCGCUGCUGCACCACAGCGAGAAGCUGGCGAUCGCCUUCGGGCUGCUGCGCGCGAGGCCGCGCGAGACGCUCCGGAUCACCAAGAACCUGCGGGUGUGUAGGGAUUGCCACGAGGCGACCAAGAUCGUGUCUCGCGUGUUUGACCGGGAGAUCGUGGUUAGGGACAGGAACCGUUUCCAUCAUUUUAAGGACGGGACGUGUUCGUGUAAAGAUUAUUGGUAAAAUACACGUGAUUCAUAGAUUAUCA